UCUCAACUCUUUCCUUUCUCUCUAUCUUAAGCACUCACUCUCUCACUUAUCAAAGAGAGGACAUGACAAGCAUUCUACUCUCUUUGGUAAUCUUGCUCUUCUCUUUUCUCAUUCCAAUCCUCAUUUCCUCCUCACAUGUUCAAAACCCUGAAUUGGCAGUGCAAGAAGUAAACAGGAAAAUCAAUGCCUCUAUAGCUAGGAGGAACUUGGGGUACCUAUCAUGUGGGAGUGGAAACCCUAUUGAUGAUUGCUGGAGGUGUGACACCAAUUGGGAGAACAAUAGGAAAAGGCUAGCAGAUUGUGCAAUAGGAUUCGGCAAGAACGCAAUUGGAGGCAGGGACGGCAAGAUCUACGUAGUGGACGAUGCCAGUGACGACGACCCCGUGACCCCAAAGCCGGGUACGCUCCGGCACGCGGUGAUCCAGGACGAGCCGCUCUGGAUCAUCUUUGCCGGAGACAUGGUGAUCAAGUUAAAAGAAGAGCUGAUCAUGAACUCUUUCAAAACCAUUGACGGCAGGGGUGCGAGCGUGCACAUUGCUGGCGGUCCUUGCAUAACAAUACAGUACGUGACCAAUGUGAUCAUUCAUGGGAUACACAUCCAUGAUUGCAAGCAGGGUGGGAAUGCUAUGGUGCGGGACUCCCCACGACACUAUGGGUGGAGGACCAUAUCAGACGGUGAUGGCGUGUCGAUCUUUGGAGGGAGCCAGGUGUGGGUGGACCAUUGCUCGUUGUCGAAUUGCAAGGAUGGAUUGAUCGAUGCGAUUCAUGGGUCCACCGCAAUUACCAUAUCCAACAAUUACAUGACUCACCAUGAUAAAGUCAUGUUGUUGGGUCACAGCGAUUCUUACACAGAUGACAAGAACAUGCAAGUCACAAUCGCUUUCAACCACUUUGGUGAAGGUCUUGUUCAAAGAAUGCCAAGGUGUAGGCUUGGAUACUUCCAUGUGGUGAACAAUGACUACACUCACUGGGAAAUGUAUGCCAUUGGAGGAAGUGCUAACCCCACCAUCAACAGCCAAGGCAAUAGAUUUGUUGCACCCGAUGACAGAUUUAGCAAAGAGGUAACAAAGCAUGAAGAUGCCCCAGAGAGUGAAUGGCAGAACUGGAACUGGAGAUCAGAAGGGGACAUGAUGGUAAACGGUGCAUUUUUCACAGCAACGGGUGCUGGAGCUUCUUCUAGCUACGCCAGAGCUUCAAGCUUAAGUGCAAGACCAUCUUCCCUUGUUGCUUCCAUAACAAGUGGUUCUGGAGCACUUGACUGCAAGAAAGGUUCUCCUUGCUGAUAAUGACUCAUCAAGCAAUCAAAUCCAUUUUGAAAGAUCCAGUCAAUCCGAAAAUCAGUAAAUGAUGAAAAUUAAAUCUCCCUACAAAAGAAAAGGGAGGGAAAGAAUUUUAAAGGUCUAUGUGGUGGUGUAUGAUCUCUAGCUUUAGAUAUACUUUUACUUAUUGGAUUUCCAUAUCUUCCACUCUUUUCCUUUUCCCCUUUUUUUUCUUUUCUUUUCUAGAUUGUUAUCUGUGGUUUGUCUUUUCUUUUUUUUAGCUUUAUGAUUUUCCCAUGAUUACAACCUCCACCUGUUACUCUUAUAUAUAAGCCAAAUCAUUAGAAGAGUUCUCAGGAUGGUCUAAUGCUCUGUUUGUUUCAAAGGGAAUAUGGAAAGAAUGAAGUGGAAUGGAAGAAUUAUGACUGGAAAAUCAAUUUUCUACUAGGUUGGAUUAGACAGACAAAUAGAUGGAAAGGAAAAAUUGUACACAAAUAGUAUUGUGUCCGAAGUCCCCUCACUCUUGUGGUGAAAAUGAGCACUGAAGAAAGAAAGAAUGAAUUCCAUUUGUACCCCAUCUAAGUAUCUCUGGAUGUGCUGAUGUCUUGUUAGUAUAGGAGUAGGUUAUUGUGUUUUGUUUAAAUAACCAUUCAUUCACUAA